AAUGGAAUAAAGAUCUAGAAUGCAGGAUAUAGCCAUGGCAGUGAUGUCAUAGGAGACAUAGAGUCAAAGGUCCUAUGAAAGAGAAAGAGGAAAAGCGAUGCUGGCAAGAGCUCCACAGAGCAACACUCCUGACAGCUAUGCUGCUGCUGCUGCAAGUGAAGGGGGUGAAGACUCUGAAGGGCAGUGCAAGCCUGGAUGGUGACAAGAGUCAGAAAGAGCAAAAGUUCUCUGAAGAUCAGGGCAAGGAGGAAUAUGAAGAACACUUUAUGGUUUCAUCAGUCGGUGACCAGUGGCAGGAGAUAAAUAUGGUCCAGCAAGACAUGAUCUCCCAGGCAAUAACUCUCCGGGACCACCUCUUCGAUCUAGCCUUCUGCUUCAACCUGGCCAGCUUCAUGUUUUUUUUAUGAGAGACUUUGAGGUGGACGCAAUAGUCUGGAUCCUUCAUGAGGAUUUAGACAUCUACCUCCCCUUCCUGAUUGCUUACUGACCUCCUCUCCUAAAUGCCUCCUCAAAAUGCACACCCCUCUCCCUGUCUCUAAGAAGCACGUGGCCUUAGGAUUUAUCAACAGUUUCCCAAGUAUCACAUCCACCACCUAAUUGCCACCCCAACCCAGAAUUUCAUGUCCUGGGGCCAAAGACACCAAACCCACACCCUUCUCUCUUAAGCUUUGUCUGAAACAGGGAGGAGACAGUGACAAUAAAGUAGCAAUUGCAAUAAAAUCCUGAAAA